CGUCGGUACUUCUAGCUUGCGCUAAAUGUCGUUUCUGAAACUCUGAGUUUACUGAGGACUCAAAAAUCGACGGCUUGUGUCAGGCGCAAAAGGCAAAUUCUGCAUUCUGAUUUCUGGAAAGUGAAAACCAAAUAGAAACACGAUUAUCUCUCGAACAGUUUCAAUUUUGACUGAUUAUACUCUUAUAAGAAGAGAUUUUAACUAAGUGUCUAUCAUAACAGACAAAGUAAAUGGCUGGCUUCACGGAAAACGCGUUGAUUCGAAAACUGCAGGAUUUGAAUUCUAGCCAACAAAGUAUUCAAACACUGUCACUGUGGCUUAUACAUCAUAGAAAACACCACGCUGCCGUAGUUAAAACAUGGUAUAAAGAAUUACUGAAAGUAAAAGAUAGUAAACAGCUUACAUUUAUGUAUCUGGCUAAUGAUGUUAUACAAAAUAGCAAGAAAAAAGGUCCUGAAUAUGGAAAGGAAUUUGGUGAAGUACUUGUAGAUGCAUUUAAACUUAUGGCAAAAACUGGUAUCAAUACAAAAACUAAACAUUCUCUGCAUAGGAUAUUGGGUAUAUGGGAAGAAAGAGGGGUAUACGAUGCAAAUAAAAUUCAAGAAUAUAAAGUUGCUGUGGAUCCAAAUGAUGCUAUUCCAAGUAAAGUUAGCAAGCGAAAGUCCAUAGAUACAGAGCCAAAGGACCCAGAAAAGAAACCAAAGUUGGAGAGCCGCGAAAAGGGUGAGAAAAGAAGGUAUAGUGAGACCAAGGUUGAAGUGGAUGGAAAAAUUGAAACUCAUAUCACACUUAGCCCAAAGACACCUCCUGGUGACCCACCAGAACCUGAAGAACUUAUUAAGGCGUUGUUAGAAUUGGAGUCUAGUGCCUCAAGUGAUGAAGCAGUGAGGGAGAGAAUCGCCUCCCUCCCGCCAGAGGUCUCCGAAGUGCAAUUAUUGUCGAAAUUGGAAGAUAAAGAGGCAGCCCUAAAUCUUAGCACAGUAGUUAAUUCGGCGGUCGAACUACUGGCCGAGUACAAUUUACGUCUCGCAGACGAACUCGACAAAAGGCGGAAAGUGGCAGGCAUGUUGAGAGACUUCGCUCAAGCGCAACGCGAUCUUGCCAAACACGCGGAAGCGAGGCUUGAGGAAUACAAUAUUAAACUCCAGAAGUUGUAUGCUGUGAAAGCGGAAGUAAAAUCUCACAUUGAGAGUCUUCCCGACGUAUCCCGUCUUCCAGAUGUAACAGGUGGUUUAGCGCCUCUACCCUCCGCCGGGGACCUAUUUAGCAUUUAGCUGUCUGAAUCACGGAAUAGAUAAAUGAUUCAUGGCUUAUUCAUUCAACCUAAGUUGUAGGCACCGCAAGCGUAAUGCGUAGUUAAAGUUAUUUGAAAUCCUAUACGAUAUAUAAAAUGCGAUUACUAAAGUAACAUUAGUAUAUUAAAAGCUUUUUCAAUUUAUCUACUCUGUGGUAUAUUUUCAUAAAGCUUUCGCUAUACAUAAAUUGUAGUGUUAAGUCUAUAUUACCAAUCGUUAUUACUACGAGUCGUUUUUGCGUAACAACCUGGUUUCAAUUAACGGCGACGCAACAUGCUAGACAAAUAUUACUUGCCUUAACAGUUAAAGACAUAAUUACUAUUCGUAGCAAUUCGUUAUACAACUUAAUCCCUUCAUUUUAGGAAAAAUAGUUCCUCAAAUUAGUAUUUAAACUAGACGCGUGUACGUUAUUGAUUCAUAUGGAUGGUAUUAUGCAAUACAUUUUCUUUGGCUCGGUGGACUGAUUUUCAGCAACUCCCUUGCAAUAUUUAUUGUUUGCUAUUAUUGUUUUCAUCUGCUUGUUACAUAUUGGCUUUUUAUGUAUUUACAUUGUAUAUAAAUACGCUAUCGCUAACAAGCUCAUUAAUAUCUUAUUGUCCUCGUUUUAACACGUCUAAUGUUUGAGAGCAAACAUAAAGUAAAUAAAUGAUGCAUGAAUUUUGUUUAAAAUUUAAUGUAAAGAUUAAAUUUUUCAGAUUGAACUGGUUUGCAAAUCACAAAUUAACGAACGGUCAAGAAUUAAAAGCAGAUUUUAAGUAAAAAGCACAUUUAUAUCAAUUACAUUUUGACAUCCUUGACUAUACCUACGCCAGUAUUCUGUUACUACGAUUGCGAUUGCGAUCCCGACUUCAAUAUUUAAUUAUUGUUCGUGAUCCCGAGGUAAGACACGAGCUAUUGAACUCGAAACUAAUAUAUCUGGCAACAAUGUAUAGAAUUCAUUAAUGUUAUAUUCAUCAAUCAUUAUUUAUAUUAAUGAUAGCUAUUAAUUAUACUAAUGAUAUUCACCUUUUUAAUUGCAUUAUACCAUCCUAUACGAUUAAGCUGGAAUGUUUGGUUUGAUGUAUUUUAAGCAAUAAAGUAUCGACUGACACGAAUGUUCAAUUUGUAUUAGUAAAAAGUGCUCUUACAUCGUAAUAUAAGAAUGUUAUUAUUUGUAAAUAUAUAACCUAAAAUCAUUCGACUAUUAUGACAUUUUGGUCAACUAUACUCGGAGUUGUCCAAAUAUCUAAUCUAUCAUUAAUCAAUACUAAAUACAAUAAUGCUACAACUGCCCGACAUUUGUCACAUGGAGAACUCAUUUUACUAAGCUUACGUUAACAGUUAAUGAACGACUCUGAGUAUGGCAGUUUUAAGGACUAUUUAAGAUGCAUUUUUUAAUUUAGUGUUUUGGCUAUUUGUGAUUUUUUUGACCAAAUUGUAGUAUCACCGUAAGUGGCCCCACGAUAUUACAAAAUAUACAUAUUGUUA